AUGGGCGGCAGCUUCAACAGCUGGCUUGCGAAAAGACGAAGUAAAUCCGCCUCACACAUCUCCGCCCCUCCGCAGCAGCCCAAAUCCAACAUGUCUACCACCGUCUCACCCCGCUCGACUACCACCUCCCAACUCCCCUCGCCCACCUCGGCUUACCUCCCUGCACCCGAGGCCCCGUCCACCUCCCACUCUCCCAUUGCCGACUCCUUCCUCGACGCCAAGGCUCAGAAUGCCCGACGCAUGUCUCAGUACGACGCCGCCCGCGGGACCUGGACCCCUGGAAGCUCUUCCACGCCUCAGGCGUCCUUGACUGCGGUGAUGGAGAGCACCAAUGGUGCACCGCCUUCUGGCAGUAAUACCUCUUCACCGCCCCCGUCAGCCUACAAGGCUGGUGAGAAACGCACGUCUCCAAGACCGGAUAGUCGCCGUUCCGGGGGCUCAGACUCGGACGAGGGCAUGUUGACUAUGGACAAACGAAGAUCGACUGAGAAGGGGAAAGGCAGAGAGAUUUCGGCGGGCGGUCUUGGAGGAAUCCCGGAGGAGCCGCACAAUUCUGUGUCCGCACCGUGGGUGCUUGAUCCCAGUGAGAUGGAGUUGGGCUCGUGGUCUACUGCGAGCAGAGUAGUUCUGGUCCUUGGCGAUCCCACGGUGGAAUCGAUUGAGCCCCUGCUGUCGAACCCAGCGUUCGCCAACACCGCUUUGCUUAUCGGGACCUACAAACCUGUGGCUGCCAUUGAAGACCUGCUAUCCCCUUCGCACCUCAUGUCGCAGUCGACACGCCGGGAGAUAUAUCCUACACUUUACACCUUCCAGCCGUCUGUCGGAAAGAACGAUACGGAAGCGCAAGCCUUUGCCAUCCUCAUUGACAAGGCAGUCUCUCUUGCCAAGCAAUUCCGGGCUCGCUCCCCCGCGCCUACUCGCUCGCGUCAUGCGUCAUUUGACAGCACAAACUCCAACUCGUCCAACACAUCGCCAGGAAUGCGGACGAGGGUCAUGUCCGGGCUGGGCAUAUCCACAGGGUCCCGAAGGGCGUCGUACGAGUCAGGCAACCUCACCAGGCCUGCUUCCUCCACUUCCAUCCCGAAUCUUCCAAAGACCAUGUCUACUCAGUCUUUGCGCAGCGAGUCUUCGGCGCGAAGUUCGCGCAACCGUCUUUCCACCGCUUUCAACGGUAUGAUCAGGUCCGAGUCCGAGGCCAAGGACGCUCCUCAUCUCUUUGAUGCCGUGGUCAACUUUAUACCCAGUCCUGGGCCGAAAAAGGCUUUGCGAGAUCUCAUACACCAGGCAUCAAUCGUCACCACUGGUGUCCUGCCUCUUCUUGCUCGUCUGCUUGGCAAGGGCAGUGGGGACGACCGCAGCGUCCUUCCCGUGACCCUUCUACACGUUCUCCCCAGCAGGUCCCCAACCACCUUACCUUUCAUAUUGGAAACGUUUGUGCUCUCCCUUCUCCCCAACUUUCAAGGCCGCUGUGCCCGGGAGCUGUUUGGUUGUGUGGUGCCCUUGUCUGUCUGGCGUGCGCCCUUAGUCAACAUGUCUUCCAGUGUGCUGCACGAUGUCAGCGUCAGCGGCGCCGAAGUCCUUCUCGCCGGCGGAGUGCGAUGUCCCACCCGAGUAGUGGCGGGACAUGGUGCAAAGAUGAAGGGCAGGGUCUAUCUUCCGAGCUGGGACUGUUGCAUGACCAUGACGGGCAUGAUUGCCGAGUCCCGCCGCCCGUCUCUCGCCUCUAGCCGCUCCGGCUCUCGUGCAGUGUCACGUCAACCAAGCCCAGGCGACUCUUCCUCCUCUGAACAGCUCGCUACACUGCCCCCACCUCCGCCGGUGGACAUGUCUUCCAGUGUGCUGCACGAUGUCAGCGUCAGCGGCGCCGAAGUCCUUCUCGCCGGCGGAGUGCGAUGUCCCACCCGAGUAGUGGCGGGACAUGGUGCAAAGAUGAAGGGCAGGGUCUAUCUUCCGAGCUGGGACUGUUGCAUGACCAUGACGGGCAUGAUUGCCGAGUCCCGCCGCCCGUCUCUCGCCUCUAGCCGCUCCGGCUCUCGUGCAGUGUCACGUCAACCAAGCCCAGGCGACUCUUCCUCCUCUGAACAGCUCGCUACACUGCCCCCACCUCCGCCGGUGGUAGCAUCACCCCUCUCCACAUUAGGCCCGGUUCCCGUCAGCCCAAGGAGCACCAUGCUAUCUCCUCCUUUGUCGCCUUCGCAGCCCAAGCGCAGGUCGAUGCUCUCGACCGUUGCAGCGGCGGCAGAGCCACCUGUAUCUCCUCCCACCCCUGAUCUCGACCCUAGCGCGUCGAGUUGCUCGUCCAGCUUUGCGCUCGGCGAGACCAAUUCGCAGGGCUCAAACAAUGCUGCGGUCAUCGCCUCUCUCGAGACCACACCCCGCAGCUCGGGUGGCUUGGUGAAUGCUGAGUCCCUUGCCGUGCCCAACGAAGGGAAGAUGAAAAAGAUGGGGAGCAGGUCAAACUUGGCCGGGUGGCUUAGGAGAAAAUCCAAGUCGGCAUUGGCCUGA